AUGACUUUAAAGAUUGUUCCUUCAGCUUUCUCUGGACAACUCUAUUCCUUUGCCCUCUGCUCCUGUGCUGAGGCCUCCCUGGGGAUCCUGUGGAUGUGGUAUUCCCUGUACCGUUUGGGUGCCCUGGAGAUCCCUGUGGAUGUGAUGCUCCCCGUACCCUUUGGCCUCCCUGGGGAUCCCUGUGACCAUGAUGCUCACCUUGUAAACCUGGAGGUGCUCAGAGCCCAGGAAGAAUGGGAGGUGGUGGACACCAUCCAUCCAGACACAGAGAGUGGGAUCAGCUCCCAGCAGCCUGGCCAGCUCAUCUCCUUCAGCGAGGCUCUGCAGCACUUUCAGACCCUGGACCUCUCCUCCUUCAAGAAAAGAAUCCAGCCAACUAUUCGAAGGACUGGGCUCGCCGCCCUCCGGCAUUGCCUCUUUGGGCCACCAAAGCUGCACCAGGACCUUCGGGAAGAAAGAGACUUGGUCCUCACCAUUGCUCAGUGUGGCCUGGACAGCCAAGACCCAAUGCAUGGCCGAGUGCUGCGGACCAUCUACAAGAAGCUAACUGGCUCCAAGUUCGACUGUGCCCUUCAUGGAGACCACUGGGAAGACCUGGGCUUUCAGGGAGCAAAUCCAGCUACAGACCUGAGAGGGGCAGGCUUCCUUGCCCUCCUGCAUCUGCUGUAUCUGGUAAUGGACUCAAAGACAUUGCUGAUGGCCCAGGAGAUCUUCCGCCUGUCUCAUCACCACAUCCAGCAAUUCCCUUUCUGUCUGAUGUCUGUGAACAUCACCCGCAUUGCCAUCCAGGCCCUGAGGGAAGAGUGUCUCUCCAGGGAAUGUAACCGGCGACAGAAGGUCAUCCCAGUGGUGAACAGCUUCUACGCAGCCACCUUCCUUCACCUGGCACAAGUGUGGAGGAUCCAGCAGAGAACUAUCUCAGACUCAGGCUUUGUCCUCAAAGACUUGGAAGUAUUGGCCAAGAAGAGCCCCAAACGGCUGCUCAAGACUCUGGAUGUUUACCUAGCCCGGGUGUCAAAAGGACAGGCCUCCUUGUUGGGGGCACAGAAGUGCUCUGGAUCACAAGGGCCUCACUCCAGGGACCUGACCUUCACAGGUGUCUGUGACAUGCAGUCUCACUCAUCUGAGAGGGCGGGGUUGAUCUGACCCACCACGGAGACCAGGGUUGGUCUGACCCACCACGGAGACCAUUCCCAGAGAGGCCGUCUGGGUCGCUGGAGCUUUCACACCUGAGGAAUCGUGUCUGGGACUAAACCCUUCCUGCAUCUGCAGGUGACAUUAGGAUGCUCCCACUUGUGGGUAGUGAAGCUUAAGUUUCUACACCAACAUAGCUCAUUCGGCAGCUAAAAUUAACCUCCUUGAAGCAAGGAGUCGUCAGUUCCCAGCUGGGCCCCAGUUCACAGGGCUGGGCUCCCGAUAUCUCAGGGGGCAUGAACAGGCCGUAAAGUCGAACAGCCGCGUCUGAACGGCCUACACAUCCAGUCUACACCUUUGCGCCGAGAGAGACCCAGCAAGUUGUUGCUAGGAUUCUGACUCCCCAGCAAUGUCUUGAGGUUGGAAUUGGAAAGGCAGAGACAACAAUACCGUCCGCCAGCAGGGGGCAGCACAACACAGGAAAAAGCGACUGAUUGAUGGGCAGGCCCUUCCGUUCUUCCAGGACACUUGUUCCCACCUUUCUCCCCCUCCCCCUGCCCACCAUUGUUUGUGAUUUAGAAAUGAGCACUCGGCUAGCUAGACGAGUUAGUCAUCGCAGCGCCCAAUUCCCACCGCCCACAGGCCGCGGAUCCUAUGGAGACCGCGCACCAGGUUAACAAUGGUUAUCUGGCCUGACAGAGAGGCGAUGGGAACUCGCUCGUCCACCAGCAGUUUUAGAAUAAAGGAACUGUUGUAGUA